AUGUCUGACCGAGAAUUUAACUCAAACGAUGACCUAUCGCUGCCUAAAGCGACGGUCCAGAAGAUUAUUACCGAGAUUCUACCACCUAGCUCCGGCCAGACCUUUUCCAAGGAUGCGCGCGAUUUGCUCAUGGAAUGCUGUGUCGAAUUCAUCACCCUGAUCUCCUCCGAAGCAAACGAUAUCAGCGAGAAGGAGGCCAAGAAGACUAUCGCUUGUGAGCAUGUGGAGAAGGCAUUACGUGAUCUCGGAUUCAGUGAUUACAUCGCCGAUGUACUCGCUGUUGCCGAAGAACAUAAGCAGCAGUUGAAGUCACGAGAGAAGAAGCAGAGCAAGAUGGAGCAAAGUGGUUUGACAGAAGAGGAGCUUCUAAGGCAACAACAGGAGCUCUUCCGGUCAGCGACUGACAAAUACCAUGCUGUCCCAGAAUAGAAUCACCUAAGACUCGUGCUGGUCAUAGAGUGAAAAGGAUGAUGGCGUUUUGUGUGUUCCACCGGAUAUGUGGGUCUGGAGUUUUUUUCCU